GAUAAGAUAAUAACGGCUUUAUGCUGGGCACCAUCGUUGACCGUAAUGACUAAUGAAUAUUCGUUUGGAAGUUUUCAAAUUUAUUUCCAUCAGUCCGUCGACCGUCAUACAACGGCUGUGAGUGGUCCGCCCGCCAGUUGCCGAUAAUAAUAUAUUAUAAUAAAUAAUAAUAUUUUAAUAACCGUCUCGUUUGUGUAAUAGUAAUUUAAAUAUACCUAUUUAUAAUGUACCGUCAAUGUUACCAGUUAUGUCUAAAAUGUUUUUAUGUCAACUAGAGUUAUUUGGAAUACAAUUAUUUAGGAGGUACCUAUACCGGCUACCAUCUACUUACACCUACACAAUCCAUUUUUCCGUUGUUGUUUGUUAGUAGUACCGAUUUUAAAUUGUUCUAUAUGUAACACGACAUACCUAAUUAUAUAUUAUAUAUAUUAAUCAUAUAUAUAUCAACUUAUUUGCCUACCUAUUUUUAAAUAUAUUGUUUGAAUCAAUCAAGUGCCUAAAAACAUGGAAUCGCCAUCUGUGAUAUUGGAAACGAAUAAACGUUAUUUCAUCGAAGACAAAUUUCUAAUUGUAAACUGUUUCUACGAUCAAAAGAAAAUUAGACCAUGGCUUAAAGAUUGGAUUGGACUAUACCCGUGUGAUAAUGUAAAACUAUACGAACCAUUGAUAUUUGAAUAUGUUAUGGACCAUCCAAGGAUAGAUGGUAGUUGUUAUAAAAUUAAAUUUGUACCACAACUAUUUGCUAAAUCCAUCCAUUGUUCUGGUAAAUACCAGUUUGUGUACGUGGAUUCCUAUUUUAAGGUUAUUGCAACUAGUAAUCCAUUUCAAUUUGUGCAUAAGAAUGAUUGUAACUGUAACAGUUCUCUGUCUCAAUCAAAUUGUAUGGUUCACAUAAAAAUAGGGCAGGAUAUUAAUUCAGUAGUUCAGCGUUUGAAGUGUCUUGAAGCAAGAUUACUUGAGUUUGAAAAAGGUAAACAAGAAGCAAUGGAGCUUAAUGAACAGCUUGUAAAAAAAUUGAAAGCUUGUGAAAUGCUUAGAUCUAGAGGUGAACAAUUUAUUGAUGGCCUUUAUAAAGCACUUGAUCAAGGAAAACCAGUGAAGUUAACAAACUCUAAAGGACAUACACGUUGGAUCAAGCGAAUGCGAACUACUGAAAUAAGAAACCAUGUAAUAUCUACCAAAAUAGUCAGAAAUGAAGUAUAUUUAACAGCAAUCAUAAAUACUCAAGAACAAGAAAUACAGAGAUUACGUGCCAUUAACAAUGAGCUUUGUAAUACUAACACAUAUUUGAAGUAUUAUAAUCAGCCGGGUCACAUUUAUGAACCACAAUUUACUGAAACCAUUGAUGCAGAAGAUGUUCAACAGUUUAAAUCAUUAAGUAUUGAAUCAAUUCCUUCUGCAGUAGUCAAAUUUAUCGAUGACUCAGAGUUAAGUGAUGACUACUGCGAAUAAACAUUCUAGCCACCUACACAUUUUGUCUGUUUAUAUAUUUUUUAUUCGACUUAUUUGUUAUUAUUCUUGUUAUUGAUUUUAUAUUUUAGUGCAAAUACAGUAUUACUAUUACCAUAAUUAAUACUUUAUUUUUAUUACAAAUAAUGAUAGUUAUUGGUAAAUGAUUUAUAUAUUUCUUAAAUAAAAAAUAUAUUUUAUACUAAGUA